AUGUUUGAGGGAAGCCGGUUGCAUCGAUGUGAACACAAUUAUAAUUUAAUAUUGCUAAAAUAUAAUUAAAAUUAAAUUUGUUGAAAACAUGAACUUUGCACGUCUUGUGUUUGCUAGAAGUGCUGGUGGCACAGCUUUGACACAGAGAGCAACAAGCGUCCUAUAUCGUCAAAUUAGCAUUGGUAACACACACUGUGCCGUACAGAAACCUCUGACGCAAUUUGAUCCAAAGCUGAAACGAUUCGAUCUAAAGUUUCCAACACCAUUGGCGCAUUGCCGUAAAGUCGCACAACAGGCCAGCGUUGGUGCUUCGGUUGCACAGGUUUUAAAGAAACGCACCGUACGCAAAAAAUGGGACGACCAUGGUUUUGAGAAUCUGUCUGCGGAAGGAUUUUUCAAUGUAUCAGCUUUUACGACUGCCGAAGAAUAUGAUAUGGAAGCAUUAAUGAAAGGCUUAAACGAACAAAAUUUGUACACUGUUAAAAAAUACUUUUCUACAGAUAAUCUCGGUGUAGAACAAAAUGUGCUUUAUGCUACAGCGAAGUAUCCUGUGGGCAAAGAAACACGUGAUAUUAUAUUCUUCCGUGAAGGUUCAGUAGCGUUGUGGAAUUUCAACGAAAUCGAAACAAAUAAUUUGCUGUCAUUUUUGCGUCCAUACGAGAAGGAUCCAUACUUAAGUCCGUUAGUGCGUGGCGAAAGCGAGGUGAUGCCCUACAUGUACAUUCCAUCAUCUGCCGUUGAUGUUGAAGGUGAUUUGGUGUCCACAUCAGAUACAGAAGUGGCACGUGCUUUCUUCCAUAAUGGAAAGUUUUUUCUUGCCUCUGAUGGUGAUAAUUUUUUGCAAAAAUACACAUUCUCCGAUGCAAUGGCAACUUCAAUAAAGCUGGGCAUGUGGGAGGCUAUGCUCGACCGAUAUGUGGACUCCAUUGAAUAUCUCACAGACGAUCUAAAACGGGGGCGACGCAUACGAAUGUCAAGAGCUGAGGUAUUACGAAAAACUGGCGAAUUAUUCGCUUUGAGACACGAGAUAAACUUGGCAUCCGAUUUGCUAGACACGCCAGAUUUUUAUUGGGAUCGCGAAGAGUUGGAAGCCUUAUACUUGCAAGUUUGCUCUUAUUUCAGUAUUUCACGACGUACAAAGGUGAUGAAUGAGAAGAUAAAUCAUUGUGUAGAAUUGGCAGAAUUGAUAUCGCACAAUUUGGAUGAGGCGCAUCACACUCGCCUGGAAUGGAUGAUUAUUAUAUUGAUUAUGGUAGAAGUAGGUUUUGAAAUUGUGCAUUACAUGGACCGUUUUUAUAACAAAGAUGAAGAGCGUACAACUUUGGCACAUUGAUAAAAGCAAAUACCAGAAAACGCAUUUAAAAUCAAAACCAAAACAACUGUUGAUUACGCUUUGCUAGGCAAAUAAAGUUUAGUGUUCUGUUUUACAAAAUUGUUUUGUCCAACACCUGUACCGUGUGAUAUUUUUUAGAGUUUCUAACUAAUUAUCUGCAAAUAUUGUUAGUAAGUUUGUAUAAAAUAAAAACACAAUUUUCGAUACUUGGCUCUCGUUUCUUCAUUCACAAUACAAUUAGUUACGCAAUUGAACACACUUCUCUUAAGUCAACAGCGUGCAGUAUGUUUAAUGAUACAUGAGAAUCAGCUGUUUUAAUUUUCGGCUCGUGCAAGUGCGACAGCUUAAAAAUAAAAUAUAAUAAUAUAGCGUUCUGAAAUACUUAUAAAAAUGCAAUUAACAUUAAUUAACUUCUUCAAGAAAACCGUGCCAGGACAUAUUUUUCGAGGCAAGCGCCGACUCAUAAAACCGGUGAGUAAACGCGCAAUUGAAACACUUCGUCGUGAUUACGAAAGGCAGGAGCAAAAUAUGUUAUGGUUGCGACACCCAUAUUUAACAGUGGAGGAGUCAACGGGUCAUGCCAAAGAGUUGGGAAAGACCGAAGCUAAGUUGGCGAUGUGGAACGACCGACGCACACUAACCAAAAUGAAACCGCACAUAACCAUUGAGGAGCGACUUGCACAUUUAAAAGUAAAAGAGGCCUGGGAAUAAAAUUAUGCAUUAUUUACUAUUAAUUACUAUAUUAAAUAAAAUAUUAUAUUCAAAAAAUUUAUCUGAUAAAUGAGCCAACUUUUAAUAUCGUUUGACGUUUGCAAGUAAAUUAACUAGGCACACCGUGAAUUUGUUUUUUUCUUUGUUUAUUAAUAAAUUGUUUAAUACAUAAUA